CAACAGGAAUCCGACGAACUGAAAAAUCUGUCUGGUUCCUCCAAUACGCCCCCUAUACAGAAGCCAUCUCCAUGAGUCGAAUCAUCGCAGAAACCAAGAAGGACGCAGUGCUGCAGUCCCUGGUCAAGUGCAUUCACCAGGGGUACAUUCCAAAGUCAAAGAAAUCGUUGGAACUUUACCGUAAGGUCUUCCACAAGCUGGCUAUAUCGGACAAAGAUCUAAUGCUGCGUAACGACCGCAUUAUCUUACCACAAAGUCUUUGGUCGAAAGCUUUCGUUGAAGCCCACCAAGGAAGCCACCCUGGUAUGAGCAGCCUGAAGAGAAGAAUCCGAUCACACUUCUGGUUUCCCAGCAUCAAUACAUUGGUCCAGCAAGCAGUCGAACAAUGCGAGACAUGUCAGCUUUUUACGCAGAAGACAACCAAGGAGCCACUUUCACCACAAAACGUACCUACAGGCCCGUGGGAGGACGCAUUCAUCGAUCUGUUUGGCCCGAUGCCAGACCACAGAUAUGUCUUAGUAGUCUUGGACAACUACUCACGUUUCCCAGCAGCCAAGAUUGCUCCGACAACCGCAACAAAACCAGUUCUAAAGGCCCUCGAAGAUAUUUACACGGACUUAGGCACUCCCGAACGUCAUCGCACCGACAAUGGUCCACCUUUUAACUCAGCUGAAUUUGCCAAGUUCCCUAGUGAGAACGACAUCACGCACGUCCUGACGUACCCGUAUCACCCACAAGGUAAUCCAGCAGAAACAUUCAUGAAACCACUCAGGAAAGCUAUGAAAUCAGCCUUCCACGAGCACAAGAGCAGAGAUACAGCACUCAACCAGCUACUAACAUCAUACCGUGUAACACCGCACCCGGCUACAAACCUCUCACUCGGUGGAACCAUGUUCCAUAACGGAUACAGGAAGGAUUUUCAACGAACGCGAUACACUACGAAGGAACGACAAACGGCAUAGGACAGAGAUCUCCAACAAAGAAAACAACGGAAAGAGCUGACAAACAUAUCCCCGAGACGCCAAUCAUCGACCGUUCAACAGGGUGACCUAGUUCUCGUCAUCAGCAGUAACAAAGUUUGAGCCCGUAUAUCAUCGAACACCCUACUGGAUCUGCGAAAUCAACACCAAGGGCGUAGUCCUGAAGCGAUCGACCGAUUUCUAACGAAUUCGCAGACACAAAGAUGACAUCAAGGCAUACCACGAAAGUACAAAGGAACUAGUAACACCAGUUCUUUCUGACCUACCGAAGAAAUCAACAACAUGGAUCUUCGAUCGAAAUGAAGAACUAGAACACGGCCACGACGAACACACUGGUAGCAACAACGACGAGUUGAUCACAGAAGACGGAAGCGACACCGACACGAUAACGGAUGACGAUACAAUAGCCUACGAAGGAGACACUUCAGACGCAGAACCCGAAGAAAAGAUGACAACAGCAAAAAAACGAGAGAGGCGACCUCCGAGACAUCUACAGGACUAUGAACUUUAAAAGUAUAUAUUUACAUGUAAAAAACACUUUCUGAAAAGAUGAGAGUGAUGAUGUUCCGAGGUCGGCUGCCGUACGAAAGGCAGAAAGGAGAGACCAAGAUGGCGACAAGAGCUGUGUAAUUUGUAGCUAGACUUAUGUUAUUUAUAGAGAAGAAAGCUUUGUUGUGUUAACGUAUAGCCGUUCAUUUUAACACUUCUCUUCUGUAUUUUGACACCUCACAACUAAAUUAAAAAUCUGAUGUUAGAAAAAUUACAACAGCUAUCAAAGUUAUCAUUAAUGACAGGAUUGGUGAGGCAAUGCUUCCUAAGCACAUCAACAGCAGCGGAAAAAUAUUAUGUGCAAAAGAACUAUUUAAAAAGGUGGGCAAGGCGAGACAUGAAAAGGAGAGAACUUUUCAAAGACUUCGAAGCCGAGAGAACUAGUCUAAGGGUUAUUCAUAAAUCAGAUGUUCUGCCUGCAGCCAUCAAAAUGCAAGCAGCUGAAGAUCUCGCAAAGUUACCACGUGACAGUUCGAUUACUCGUAUAAGACAUCGAUGUACAUUGACUGAUCGUUCAAGAGGGAACGUCAUUAAGUAUCGAAUUUCUAGGAUUAAGUUUCGAGAUUUCGCAGACAAGGGAUGGAUAUCGGGUUAUACCAGGUCCAGUUGGUAACUGUUAUGCAAAGUUGUUGCUACUGUUUAAAAGCCUGCUAUUUUAACUGAUUUAUAUACUAUAUAAACAAUGCGUUUAUGGAUGGGUGCAAUGUAGCGAUACGUAAAGAUAAAGAAAUCCCACCUCGUUAAAGUGAAAUAUACUCCUGGAAAUUAAAUGUACUAGAGUACACGGAAAGUUCCUAAAAUGGGAAAAAAUUCUAAAAAAAUAAUUUUACAAUUUUCGAAA